UUACUCUUAUUUCAUUAAAAACAGCCCUUCUUGUCCAAAAAAUACACCCUUGCUGCUCGAUCUACUAUAAUACUAGUUGCAUUUACAUAUUUCGGGCUCAACGAAUCAGUUUACAAUGAUGAUCGGUCAACUCACUUUCCACGGGUGAAUGUUAUUGUUAAGUUACGUGUCUGGAUAGAUUAACGAUACGCAGAGCAUGCGUUCACUGCGUAAACUAGAAGAAAAGUAAUAAGGUUUUAGCGCAAAUGCCUCUGUGGUUGCCACUGUGCAUUCCCUCCUGAACCGACCCUCAAAAGGGGGAGGGGUCGUGUUUUCCUGAUGGUUUAACAUCUAUCAGUCCAAAGUGACUACUACUUGCCAAGAAACUAUCAGCUGUAAGCCCGAGAGCAGUAGUUUAUUAUGUUUACAUUCAUCGUCAACUUCUUUCACGUGACUGUUGAAUUUUAAUCCAACCAACGCAACGGUGUAUUUUAAAAGAUGUUCAAGAGGCUCUAUGUGUACUCCCGCAACUCAUCGUUCAGUACGAUGGAUAUGAAGAAGAGAAUUCACCUGGAGUUGCGGAACCGAACGCCGUCAGACGUGAAAGAACUUGUGCUCGACAACUGUCGGUCAAAUGAGGGCAAAAUCGAGGGCCUCACUGACGAAUUUGAGGAACUGGAAUUUCUAAGCACAAUCAACGUAGGCUUGACAUCAGUUGCCAAUUUGCCGAAGCUAAACAAACUCAAAAAGCUUGAGCUUAGCGAUAACAGAAUCUCAGGGGGUCUGGAGGUACUGGCAGAGAAAUGUCCAAACCUCACCCAUCUCAACCUCAGUGGCAACAAAAUUAAAGACCUCAGCACCAUCGAACCCCUGAAAAAAUUGGAAAGCCUCAAAAGUUUAGACUUGUUCAACUGUGAGGUGACAAACCUGAAUGACUACAGAGACAACGUUUUUAAGCUACUCCCUCAGUUGACGUUUCUCGACGGCUAUGACAAAGAUGAUAAAGAGGCACCAGACUCUGAUGCUGAAGCAUACGUUGAAGGGCUAGAUGAUGAUGACGAUGAUGAAGAAGAGGGGGAGGAAGAGGAAUAUGAUGAGGAUGCAGCUCCAGGAGAUGAGGAUGAAGAGGAGGGAGAUGAUGAUGAUGAAGAAGAGGGAGAAGAGGAAGAAGAGGAGGAAAUCAGUGGAGAGGAAGAGGAGGAAGAGGAGUUAAAUGAUGGAGAGGUAGAAGAUGAGGAAGAAUGUGAGGAGGAGCGGGGUCAGAAGAGGAAAAGAGAGCCGGAAGAGGAAGGCGAGGAAGAUGAUGACUGAACCCCCAAAUCCCCCUUGUGAUCUGACCGUUUAGCCCCUGUAUAUCUGUCCGAUUGUCACUCUGCGAUGGUUUGGGGAGGUAUUCAAUGGUAGGGGUGGGCUUAGUAUAAAUGAGGAUACAGUUUAAAUAUUUGUUUUUAGCUUCAAUUUUAUUUUUAUUUUUUUCUUUUGGUUUGGUUUGUACUUUCAGUUUGAUUCCCUUCAUUAUCUCCGAAAGCUCUUCAUGGCUGACAAGACCGUGUGGAAAAUUAUUAUUGUUUGAAAAAGACCAGUAUGCUCUUUGUAAUUUUGCCCUCUUUGCUGUUGAUGCCUAAAUGCUGGUGAUGACUUAUGAAUUAAAAAAAACCAAAAACCUU